AGGGCGCCUGCGCGCGGGGGUGGCGGUUGGCCGGGGACGCGCGGCGGCGGCAGCAGCAGCGGGAGGGGUUUAGCUGCCUGUGUGUCCGUCCGUCCGUCCUCUGCCGGCCCGGGGCGGGAGAGGCGUUCGGCACCUGGGCGCCUUCAGGCGCGGGCCUUGCAGAUUAAAUUGUAUUUUCUGACAUUUGAAGAGCAAACAGCACCAUGGCUCCAUGAAUUGCAAAACCUCAGGAAGUGUGGCAGCCCUCCAUACCUCCAACUUUCCUUCCUUACUGUGACAUUCUUCUCGGAUUGGUUUCAUCCCCACUGGAUGUGCAGAGGAAGCUGUUUGUGGAUCAGGAAGAGCCAUGGCCUUGAACUCAUAUGUCUUCCACCUCUUCUAUAAGUUCAAAGUGUUGGUGCUUGUCAGUUUGUGUUUGAUGGUACUAUGGACCACAUUCAGUUACUUCGUGGACUCCAGAGAGCAAUUUUCUAAAGCUAAGAGCAUUGUGGAGGAUUUCAGAAAGGUAAUUAGCCUGCAGGACAGUCAAAAGGAAGAGAAGAUCAAACCAAGUGCAAAAGUUCCCACGGUGAAGUCCUUUCAGAGUGACUGUCCAGCUGUGUCUCCAUACCUACGAGGUGCCAGCAAACUCAUUUUCAAAGCAUCUCUCACACUAGAAGAGGUGCAAAAGGAGAACCCUCAGGUAGUCAAGGGCCGGUAUCACCCUACGGAGUGCUCAGCCUUGCAGCAUGUGGCCAUCCUCAUCCCACACCGCAAUCGAGAGAAGCAUCUGCUGUACCUCCUGGAGCACCUCCACCCCUUCCUACAGAGGCAGCAGCUGGACUACGGCAUCUACGUUAUUCACCAGGCUGGCAGCACCAAAUUUAAUCGAGCUAAACUGCUGAAUGUAGGAUACCUAGAGGCCCUAAAAGAAGCAAACUGGGACUGUUUCAUUUUCCAUGAUGUGGAUCUGGUGCCAGAAAAUGACUUUAACAGUUACACGUGUGACAAACAACCAAAGCACCUUGUAGUUGGCAGGAACAGUACUGGAUACAGGUUACGGUACCAAGGAUAUUUUGGAGGUGUAACUGCUUUAACAAGAGAUCAGUUUUCCAAGGUGAAUGGAUUCUCUAACAGCUACUGGGGUUGGGGCGGAGAAGAUGACGACCUUCGAAUCAGGGUUCAGAUGCAGAACAUGAAAGUGGUGAGGCCAUCUGCUAAUGUUGCCAGGUACACAAUGAUCUUCCACAAACGAGACCAUGGUAAUGAGGUGAAUCAAGAGAGGAUGAAGCUUCUACGUCAGGUAUCUAAAACAUGGAAACAAGAUGGGCUGAACUCUUGUUCAUAUAAACUGCUCUCAGUGGAACAUAACCCUUUAUACAUCAACAUCACAGUAGAUUUCAGCAUGCAGCCGAAGAUCUCAUAAGGGCGAGCACCAGACAGGUUAUGGCAAAUGGCAACAGAUUGUGUUUGUGGUUGCUGUUGACGACUCCCAGCAUUCUGCUUGAAAGAGUACUUCAGUAGCACAGAAGAAAGUUCUUCUUCACAGCAUCUAACUGAUUGGUUGAGAAUUUCCUUUUGUGAGGACUGGAGAUAGGAACUUACCCAAGGGACAGGUCCUCGCGUUUUUCUAUGCACUUCCUGCUGGGACAUUUGCAAAAGUGUCCUUGUUUGGGCUGGUCCAGUGGAAGGACUUAAACUAAGUCUCCUGAAAAAUGUUUUGUUCUUGCAACUAUUCCUAAACUUCUGAUUUGUUGUAGGGGGGAAGGCAGCUUUGCACUGCCGAUACUGCCAUGACUUCAAAAGGAACAGGCCAGUCUCUUCUCAUUAAAAGCAUAAGGAUUCUCCACCAAUUUGCUGAGAAAAGCUAGUUUUUUUCCACCCUGAGGAAAAACUGCUUAUGUGUGAGGGAAGGGCAAUAAUCAUAAUAGGUGAGGAGAUAUUAAAAAAUCUCUCAAUAAAUACACUCCACUGAAUUCAAAAGGCUUCUCUUGUCCUUCAUGAGUUCAACUCACCCUGCAGUGGGGCUUCUGAAGUGUCCUGUGGCAGAAUGAAAGUCUCAGAUCUGUAGCAAGCUGCACGUGUUGUAUGUUAUUCUGGAGCGAUGUGGAAGGAAAUGCAGUGGCCAACUAUGUCAGAGGGAAAGAGAUUGCU